CUUUAUUUUGAUUAGGCUCUCGCUCCUAGUGCAUUCGCUUCUUGAGAGGGAUAAGAUCUUCCUUUAGCCACAUAACUGACGCGAACAUGGGAAAUUUAAUCACGAAGCUGUUCAAAGGCUUUGGGAAGCGUGAAAUGCGCAUAUUGAUGUUGGGGUUGGACGCGGCAGGAAAAACAACAGUGCUAUACAAGCUCAAGUUAGGUGAAAUUGUCACAACCAUUCCCACAAUUGGCUUCAACGUUGAAAACGUCCAGUACAAAAACAUCAAUUUUACUGUCUGGGACGUCGGGGGCCAAGACAAGAUCCGUCCUCUCUGGCGCCACUACUAUUUAAAUAGCCAGGGCAUCAUAUUCGUUGUGGACUCCAACGACAGAGAAAGAAUUGACGAGGCGACCCUCGAACUCCAAAAGCUUCUCAGAGAAGACGAGCUCAGAGACGCCGUGUUGCUCGUGUUGGCCAACAAGCAAGAUCUAGUAAACGCUAUGCCCAUAUCGGAGCUAACGGAAAAACUUGGACUUAAGUCAGUCAGAAACCGACUAUGGUCCAUCGUGGCCACUUGCGCUGUCAACGGCGAUGGGCUCUUUGACGGCCUUGAUUGGCUCGCCGGUGUCUUAGAAAACAAGUAAAAACACACACAUAGGAGAGCAGAUACGUACACCUCUCCCUUCUUCCCUUCUCCCCACCCCCAUAAAUACCACUUGCACCCUAACCAAACGCGCGCUCUUCCGACCGCGCGUCCUGAAAGUGCUUUUGUCCAUUCCCCACAUAAAA